CCAAAUUCAAGGCCAAUGAGCAGGAGAAUCGAGCUUCAAGCCCCCAAGCCGAAUUCUGUAAACAAGAUUGAAGUUGUGGAACUGAGGUCGCAGAAAUGGCUGGAGUAAAAGUAGCAGUGGUGACUGGUGGCAACAAAGGAAUUGGCUACGCCAUAACUGCAGGGCUCUGCGAGAGGUACAAUGGAACCGUUUAUUUAACAGCGAGAGAUGAAGUCAGAGGCAGGGAGGCCGUCGCCAAAUUAAAUAAGCUGGGCUAUAAACCUUUGUAUCAUCAACUGGACAUCGAUGACCAAGGAAGCAUCAACAGGUUUAAGAGAUUCUUGGAGGAGACGCACGGAGGGCUGGACAUGCUUGUCAACAAUGCUGCCAUUGCUUACAAAAAUGAUGCUACUGAUCCAUUUGGGCAGCAAGCUGAGGACACGAUCCGAAUCAACUUUUUUGGGGUCUUGAACACCUGCCGCACACUUUUCCCUUUGCUUCGCUCCCACGGACGAGUGGUCAAUGUUUCGAGCUCCUGUGGCCACUUGUCCCGCAUUAGUGGCCAAGAGCCUCAGGCCUCUGAGUUGAGAGCCAAACUCUCCUCUCCCAGCCUUACUGAGGAGGAACUCUGCGAAAUUAUGACCAAUUUUGUUAAGGCAGCAAAGGCUGGAAACCACUAUGAAUUGGGGUAUCCGAACAGUUGCUAUGUGGUUUCGAAGGUUGGAGUCAGCGCCCUGACACAAAUCCAGCAGAGGACCUUCGACAACGACACUUCCAGAGUUGACCUAGUGGUCAACAGUGUACACCCAGGCUAUGUGGAUACUGAUAUGACCAGCCACAAGGGGCCUCUCACCAUUGAAGAAGGUGCUGUUGCCCCACUGCAUUGUGCCCUUCUGAUACCAGAUGUGAAGGAGCCAAGAGGCCAGUACGUAUGGAAGGAUUGCUCGAUUGUGGACUGGGUCAACGGCCCGACACCAUCUGGAGUUUAAACUCUGCCUCUCAUUAUACAUCAAUACCAAUAGAAAUAUCCAAACUAUUUUGCUAGCAGCACAUUACAUUAAUGAGAUUGACAUUCCUGGUGUACUGCAUGUUAUAAAUUAGCAUCAUUGAAUAAACUAUAAUAGUGCCUAAAACAUCAAACUCAA